UGCUUGCGCUGCUGCGCCGGGCGGGAGGGGGGCGGUGGUUGCUACUCCAAGAUGGCGGACGACGAGAUUCCGCUCCUCCGUCCGCGCGACUGCGGCCCCGGCGGCGCGGCCGAGAGCGUCGAGCCCGCUCUGAAGCGCCAGCGCCUGGACUUGGGAGACGGUGGCUGCGGGCGGGGCGCGGCGUACGCCCAACGCCCGGACCGGGGCGCGGGGCCGCCGCCCGCCACCGCUGUGGCGGCGGAGCUGCCGGGUGAGGCGGCUGCCGUUACCGCCGAUGGCGGCGGACGGACGGAGGAGGAACAGGACGAAGAGGUGGCGGCGGUCUGGAGCGGCGCGGACAAUAGGGCCGGGUUACGGGGCCUGCCCCGGGCGGAGCCGCCUCCGCGGCAGCGGGGCCGGGGGGAGGGGGCGGAGGCGGUGCCCGGCGAAGACGCGGCGGAGGCGGCCAUUGGCUGCAGGCGGGCGCAGUGUUCAAACGGGGCGGCCGAAGCGACGGCCCUGCAUCCCGAUAACUUCCUUUUUAGUGAUGAAAUCAUAGCCAAUGGUUUUCACUCUUGUGACAGUGAUGAAGAUGACAGAGCUUCGCAUGCAAGUUCUAGUGACUGGACUCCAAGACCACGUAUAGGUCCCUACACUUUUGUUCAGCAGCAUCUCAUGUUAGGUACAGACCCACGGACAAUUCUAAAAGACCUGCUACCAGAAACAAUCCCUCCACCUGAACUAGAUGAUAUGACACUGUGGCAAAUUGUUAUAAACAUUCUUUCAGAACCACCAAAAAGAAAAAAACGAAAAGAUAUUAAUACUAUUGAUGAUGCUGUGAAACUUUUACAAGAAUGCAAAAAAAUAAUGGUCUUGACUGGAGCUGGGGUGUCUGUGUCUUGUGGAAUACCUGACUUUAGAUCAAGAGAUGGCAUAUAUGCACGCCUUGCUGUAGACUUCCCAGACCUUCCAGAUCCUCAAGCAAUGUUCGAUAUAGAAUACUUCAGAAAGGAUCCCAGGCCAUUUUUUAAAUUUGCAAAGGAAAUCUAUCCAGGACAGUUCCAGCCAUCUCUCUGUCACAAGUUCAUAGCUUUGAUGGAUAAAGAAGGAAAACUACUUCGCAACUAUACUCAGAACAUAGACACACUGGAACAGGUUGCAGGAAUCCAAAGGAUAAUACAGUGUCAUGGUUCCUUUGCAACAGCUUCCUGCUUGAUCUGUAAAUACAAAGUUGAUUGUGAAGUUGUUCGAGGAGAUAUUUUCAAUCAGCACUUCAAUUAUUGUAUGUUCAUAUUACUGAACCAGACUUCUGCCCCAAUGGCCUGUCCCUGCUGGUGGUCUGUAAUGGAAGCAUGGAGAAGCAGAAAGAAGCAGCCUGUAGCAAUACUUCUGCAUGAGAACAGAGGGUUCUUACUCCCAAAAGGAGUAAGAAGGAGACCAAAGGAUCUUUUUAAACUCAGUCUCUCAGGCCUGAUCUUACAGUACUAUUGCCAGGUUGUACCUAGAUGUCCCAGAUGUCCACCUGAUGAACCACUCGCUAUCAUGAAGCCAGAUAUAGUGUUCUUCGGAGAGAACUUACCUGAGCAGUUCCAUCGCGCCAUGAAGUAUGACAAAAAUGAAGUUGAUCUCCUUAUUGUCAUUGGGUCUUCACUGAAAGUAAGACCAGUAGCAUUGAUUCCAAGUUCCAUCCCUCAUGAAGUGCCUCAGAUCUUAAUUAAUAGGGAACCUUUGCCUCAUCUACACUUUGAUGUGGAGCUUCUUGGAGACUGUGAUGUUAUUAUUAAUGAAUUGUGUCAAAGGCUAGGUAGUGAAUAUACAAAACUUUGCUACAACUCAGUAAAACUUUCAGAAAUAACAGAAAAGCCACCACGAACGCACAAGGAGCUUGAAAUGCCCUCAUCUGAGCUACCGCCUACCCCUUUAAACAUUUCAGAAGAUUCUAGUUCACCAGAAAGAGUGACUCCACCAGAUACUUUGGUGGUGUCGUCAGAACACCCAGCGGAAUGCAAGGUAGAAAACUGUGAUCCUGCCUCAGAAACUAAAGGGGCCUGCAUAGAGGAAAAGCUUCAGGACACACAGACAUUGCCAGAAAACCCUGAAAAUCCUACUAGUGAACUAAUGAACUCUGGAACUAUGAAGGAAAAUGGAUCUAACAAUGGAGAAAAUAAAGAAAAAAAUGAAAUCUUAAAGAAGUGCUGGGUAAACAGAUCUGCAAAAGAACAGAUCAGCAAAAGGCUGGAUGGUACUCAGUAUCUCUUUUUACCACCAAAUCGCUAUAUUUUCCAUGGUGCUGAGGUAUACUCGGAUUCUGAAGAUGAUAUCAUAUCUUCCAGCUCUUGUGGUAGUAGUAGUGAAAGUGGUUCCUGUCGUAGUCAGAGCUUAGACGUGGAGGAUGAGAGUGAGAUUGAAGAGUUUUAUAACGGCAUGGAGGAUGAGGAUGCUCCAGAAAGGGAAGAGGAACACGGAUUCGGGGAAGAAGGAGUUGAACAAGAUGAAUCGGCAGCUGAUGAAUCAGCUUAUGCAACUGCGGCUGCAGGGACUGACCAUCUGAGCAACAAGUUGUGAAGUGGUCAUAGACUGGUUACAGGAACUUUCCACCAGCAUUAGGAGCUUUGGCAUGUCAGAAUGAAUGUUUACGUCUGAAUUUAGAACAACAGAAACAUCAGGAUGUAGUGUUUAUAAAUAACAAAACCAGAUUUUCAUGCUUAGUUUUUUACCUUUUUCAAUAAAAUUCUAUUACUGCGCGCUCAACACUAACUUUUUUCCUUUUUUUUUUUUUAAGGUACUAGGAAUACCUGAACAACUGUCACUGUAUUCACUUUUAAGUUCCUCUGUCUGAUCAGGCAUCCAUGUAUAUAAUACAUAUUUUUGCUCAACGAAUUUCAGCUUAUAUUAUUUUUAAACUGUUUUGAAAAAGCCAUUGGAAUGUUAAACUAAUAUAAAGGGAACAGCUAAUUUAGACCAAAGAAUGGUAUUUUCACACCUCUUGCUUUGUAACAGUUUGGUUUAUUUAAAACCUCUUGCUCUUCUGCUAAACCUUUAGUUCUUGCCUAAUCUGUCAUUAAACACUGGCAUUUUCUAAGACCUACUGUGGCAGCUAAUUUUUUGCUUUAACAGUUACUUUGUAUGUUUGAGACAUACUUAAGUGCAAGUAGGUAGUUAAAUGGAAACAGGACAGAAAGCACUUGAGAAAUCCUAUGGGUUUUAGGCUGAUCAAGAAGCGUUGUGAAAAUGCUUGGGGUAUUGAGUUUAAUCCUUCCUGUGGGCAGGAAGUGAUGCUGACAUUGGCUCCACAGCAACUGUAACACUGGCAUUUCAAACAAAAUGGAUCCCCCACAGCAGAGGCUUUUCAUGUUGUACACAAAAGUCAGAUUUAGCACAGCUAGCAUCAAAAACAGCAUUUGCUAAAUUGCCAAGGCUCCAGUGUGGAAGCUAGGACAAGUCCAGAAUAGUGUUUCCACCAGCACGUGAGAAGGCACAAAAAAAUAAGCUCUUCCUUUAUCCUUAUUGAUGCAACUAAGCCAGGAGAAGCUAUCUCGAAUACAAAGAGCCUCUGCUUGCCCUGCUGAGUGGCUAAAGCACAGCUUAACAACCCAACCUGGCAGCACAUGGCUCUGAGCUCAUGCCUCAGGUUGGGAAAAUACCUGCUAGCCUCACCUGCUGAUUAAAAGCAAAGCAGCUACUCAGAUGACUACAUUGUGUAUCUAAGCGCUAGUAGGCUGCCUUAAAACUGGAUGUGGCAAAUGUUCAAGUGUGGAUUGUUUCUGAGCCUUCAGACUAUUUUGUAAAAUUGCACAGUGCAGUAGGAAGUGAAGCAGCAUUUUUCUAUAACCACUUUUUCAACAUUGGCCCAGAUGAACUCUACAAUAUAGACUAUUCCUAUACUUUGCUUUAAUAUUUAUUACAUUUUGGCAGAUGUAUAUAGCUGUUCUUUGAACGUAAGAUACAUCAGUUAAUAAGUAUUGAAGAACAGCUUCCUGUAUUCAUGAAAAAAUGUUGGCAUGUUGCGUCUCAUUGUCCAAAUUUAAUACAGCUCUUAUUUGGCUACACUAAAGAAUGCAAUAUGUUUUGUUUCCACUUGCAUGUCACAAUGUAUUAGUUUGUGCUAUAGGAGAUAUUUUAAAUUGAAAUACUUUGUUUUAAAUUAUUUUUACAGUGAGGAUUGGUUUCUGCUCUUUUAUAAUUGUAUAUAGUGUCUUUUAUGUAAUCUACUGGCAUAUGUUUUGUAGAAGACUGUUUAAAAUGACUGGCUAUCUUCCUGCAACUUUUGAAAUACAAAACCAGUGUUUUAUACUCAUACGCUCUGUUCUAAAGUCUAUUAAAAUUGUCAUUUGA